GCCGCCGCCUCAGACGCCACUUGUGGAAUUCUUUCCCCCGGCGGCUGUAACUUUAAACCGGCCUGAGCGAGGCCUAUCUUUAUUCAGAAACCAGCGACCGGAGAAUGGCUGUGGAGAACGCUGAGAUGGAGGGCCAGCCCGCCACUUGAAGAUUCCUCACCAAGUGGCCGGGAAGGACCGGCUUGACCUAGGAAUCUUUCUUUGAGAUUUCAAGGUUCUGUCGCCCCCUUCCAGGGUUGGCCGGGCUGGUUGUUUUUGACUGAGGGUGCUGCCCGAGCCUGGGGAGCUGUACACGAAUGAACCGCAUCGCCUGGCCUCAGAGCGCUGACUCUGAGGCCACCACGCAUGAGCCCGGGCCACCCUCCUGCAGAGAUCACUCCAGGAGCUCCUUGGGGACCGGCUUGCGGUGGUGAGGAGCCAGGAGAUGCAUGUAGCCGCCAAGUUCCGCCAGGCCUCCCUGUACGUGGGUGACCUCCACGCGGACGUCACCGAGGACCUGCUGUUCAAGAAGUUCAGCGCUGUGGGGCCCGUGCUGUCCAUCCGCAUCUGCAGGGACCUGGUCACCCGCCGCUCUCUGGGCUAUGCCUACGUGAACUUUCUGCAGCUGGCGGAUGCCCAGAAGGCCCUGGACACCAUGAACUUUGACCCGAUAAAGGGCAAAUCCAUCCGUCUCAUGUGGUCUCAGCGUGACGCCUACUUGAGGAAAUCUGGAAUUGGGAACGUGUUCAUCAAGAAUCUGGACAAAUCCAUUGAUAACAAAACCCUUUAUGAACACUUUUCGUCUUUUGGGAAGAUCCUGUCCUCCAAGGUGAUGAGUGAUGAUCACGGCUCCAGGGGCUAUGCGUUCGUGCACUUUCAGAACCAGAUUGCCGCCGACAGGGCCAUCCAGGAGAUGAAUGGGGCGCUGCUUAAGGACUGCAGGCUGUUUGUUGGCAGAUUCAAAAGCCGCAAAGAUCGGGAAGCCGAGCUCCAAAACAAAGCCAGUGAGUUCACCAAUGUUUACAUCAAAAACUUCGGAGAUGACAUGGAUGAUGAGAGACUGAGGGAAGUUUUCAGCAAAUAUGGAAAAACCUUGAGUGUUAAGGUGAUGACAGAUUCCAGUGGGAAAUCCAAAGGCUUUGGCUUUGUGAGUUUUGAUAGCCACGAGGCUGCCAAAAAGGCUGUUGAAGAAAUGAAUGGAAAGGACAUAAAUGGACAACUGCUUUUUGUAGGCCGGGCACAAAAGAAAGCAGAGCGACAGGCUGAGUUAAAGCAAAUGUUUGAGCAGCUGAAACAGGAAAGAUUUCGGCGGUGCCGGGGGGCAAAGCUCUAUAUUAAGAACCUGGAUGAGACCAUUGAUGAUGAAAAGCUACGGAGGGAAUUUUCUUCAUUUGGAUCAAUUAGCAGAGUUAAGGUAAUGCAGGAAGAAGGGCGAAGCAAAGGGUUUGGCUUGAUCUGCUUCUCCUCUCCUGAGGAGGCCACUAAAGCAAUGACUGAGAUGAAUGGCCGCAUCUUGGGCUCCAAGCCGCUCAACAUCGCCCUGGCCCAGAGGCCCUAGGAGAGGAAAACUUAAUGCACCAGCCAGUGUUUGUAGCAUCUUGGGGGAUGUUAGUGAUCUCUGCCUGAAUCGUCCUCAGUAAAUUUCAAAUCCCAGCUGAUGGCUGCUUAGUUUAGUAAACAUUAUGAUCGAAGGUUUUGUAUACAAAGCUAUUUAUUUUUCUUUGGAGGAAAAAUAAGUGAAUCUUAGAACCUCGGUUCUUUUUAUAGAGGCACACCAUCUAAU